CCUAUGUGUGCGUCGUUGUCGUUUUCUUCGGCUUUUUUUUGCACAUUGUGUAUAUUGUAUGGCAAUAAAUUUGUUGACUUAAAUUUGAAUUACCAACAACGGUUCGGUUGAUAAUUUGAUGUCAUAAGGGAAGAUGCAUUCGUGCUUCGAUUCGACUAAAUACGCUAUUUGUAAAGAAAUUUAUUGAGAUCGCAUUUGACAACUUGUUAUUGAAAACAUCAACGUAAAUUGAUAAAUUAAUAUAUCUCUCCGUAAAAUGGAAACUGCCCAAUUCGCUGGAUCAGCAGUCGGAGUCUCUGACGAACUGAACUCUGAACAAAUUCUACGAUCUGACGGCCAAUCGAAUUGUUUAACCCGCAUCGAUAUGGAUGUCGAUGAAUUUCAAACAGAAAGCCAUGCUCAAAACUUGGCCAAUAACCAGUCGGGAUUCCGUUGGAAGCGAGUCCUUAAUCCAACGGGUCCCCAACCCCGUCCCCGACACGGACAUCGCGCAAUAAAUAUCAAGGAACUUAUGGUCGUCUUUGGCGGCGGCAACGAGGGAAUUGUGGACGAACUGCAUGUUUAUAAUACAGUUAGCAAUCAAUGGUAUGUGCCAGUACUGAAAGGGGAUGUACCGAAUGGAUGUGCUGCGUAUGGAUUUGUUGUUGAGGGAACUCGAAUGUUUGUUUUCGGUGGAAUGAUUGAAUAUGGAAAAUACUCAAAUGAGCUCUAUGAGCUUCAGGCAACCAAAUGGGAGUGGAGAAAAAUGUAUCCGGAGUCACCAGAUAAUGGUUUACCGCCAUGUCCACGAUUAGGACACAGUUUCACGAUGGUCGGUGAAAAAAUCUUUCUUUUUGGCGGCUUGGCAAACGAAUCGGACGAUCCCAAGAAUAAUAUUCCAAAAUACUUGAAUGAUUUAUAUAUAUUGGAUACUCGGGGUGUACAUAGUCACAAUGGUAAAUGGAUUAUACCCAAGACAUUUGGGGACAGUCCUCCACCUCGGGAAUCUCACACUGGCAUAUCGUUUAUCAGCAAAGACUCCGGAAAAUUAAGUCUGCUUGUCUACGGCGGAAUGAGCGGCUGUCGGUUAGGCGAUUUGUGGCUUCUGGAUACGGAUUCGAUGACGUGGGAAAAACCAAGGACUAGAGGACAAGCUCCACUUCCGCGAUCCUUGCAUAGCUCAACAAUGAUAGCCAACAAAAUGUAUGUUUUUGGUGGUUGGGUACCAUUGGUAAUAAACGACUCAAAGGCGACAACUGAACGCGAAUGGAAAUGCACAAACACAUUGGCUGUUCUCGAUUUAGACACAAUGACCUGGGAGAAUGUCACCUUGGAUACCGUUGAAGAGAACGUUCCACGAGCUCGAGCUGGACAUUGUGCUGUUGGUAUACAAAGUCGCCUAUAUGUGUGGUCAGGACGAGAUGGUUAUCGCAAAGCUUGGAACAACCAGGUUAGGGUAUGCUGCAAGGAUCUGUGGUAUCUGGAGGUGACGAAACCGCUCUACGCUGUCAAAGUAGCCCUGGUCCGUGCAUCCACGCAUGCCUUGGAGCUGUCCUGGACAGCAACCACCUUUGCUGCGGCCUAUGUGCUACAAAUUCAAAAGAUUGAGCAAGCUCAAGCAGUUGCCACAAAGCAGCCAGCUCUGAGUUUGGUGCAACAAAACACAGCAGCUGCCGCCGCUGCCAGCGUCGCUGUCGCCACAGCGCCCAACUUGACGUCCACUGCGGCGUGUGGCGCCCCAAAUGGUGCAGGAUCAGAAACGGCAACGGGAUUGAAAUAUGAAAAGACGCCAAUAUCUGUGCUACAUUUAAGCGGAAAUGCAAGUCCUGCCACCUUAGCCAAGACAACAACCACAGCUAGUACUGAUCUUGUCCAGAGUCCGCCAGUAAAGGCGCCAAUUUCAAUGUCCCUUACUCCGACAUCAUCGUCGUCAACAGUGCUGCCACAAAUCUCGAUAAUUAGCAGCAGCAAUACAACUGGUACACUGCAACAGUUCCGACCCAGCACAGCAAAGAUAACAGGAGCAACAAUAUCAUCAGCAGGAUCAUCAACAGUAUCAUUAUCAUCAGCAGCAGGAUCAGGCAAUUCAUUGGACACACAAAAUGUGGCUGUUCGUGUGGCCAGCUCUGUGGCAUCCAGUGGUGCAUCAAUUGUGCUCACCUCCCAAACAGCCGGAUCCACAGGAGCGUUACGUAUAGUACCAGGUUCCGGCAUUACCACAUCUACGGCGGGUCAAACAUUGCGUCUAGCAUCUACAUAUAGCAACAGUGCAGCUUCUGGUUCAGGAACCGCCACAACCACAACAAUACUAAAAUCCGCACAGCCAAGUGCGACUGUUCAGACAUCGCUUAAUCCCACAGCAACAACAACAACAACAACAUCGCUGGGGGGUAAACAAUAUUUUAUACAAAAACCCUUAACAUUAUCCCCCAAUGUCCAAUUGCAAUUCGUAAAGACGAGCAGUGGAGGAAUGGCAGUGCAAACCUUGCCAAAAGUCAAUUUCAAUAUUACCAAAGGCACUGGACAUGGUCAAGCCAUAUCAAUUUGCAACCAACAGUUGCCUGCGGGAUCUGCACAAAUUCAGAUUGCAUCUGGCAGCAGCAUCAGCAACGUUCAACCGAAGACUAUUAUGGUAACUGGAGCAGCGGCAGCUGCAACAUCGACAACAUCAUCAGUGGCAACAGCAGCUGGAGGACAUCAACAGCAGACAUUGUUGCAGCAACAACAGCAACUGCAAAAGCCAAUUGUAUCUGGAAAUGUGUUGAAACUUGUAUCGCCUCAUACGGUAUCCGGUGGCAAGUUGAUCAUGAAGAAUUCCAAUAUUCUACAAAUGGGCAAAGUGACGACCAACAUGAUGGGCGGCAAACCGGCGUUUGUUAUAACAAAUAAACAGGGUGCUCAGAUAGGCAAUCAACAGAUUAUUAUCGUUACCACCGGCUCCAGUUUGCGUACUGUGCCAACUGGAUCUGUGAUGACCACCGCCGGUGGCAGUUCCGGCAACAUUGUGAGCAUUGUGGGUUCAACUGGAACCACAGUCGGACCACGUACCGUCGUAUCCAGUGGUCAGAGUAAUGUUAAAAUGGUACGCAGCAUACAGGGUGCUCAGGGAGUUGGAGUUGCUGCUGGACGACCCAUAACAUUGACACUGCCAGCAACAUCAACGUCAUCCACCACACAUCAGCUGCUUGCUGGACAUGGCCAGAAGGGACAGAAGUUGCAGCAGAAAACCGCUGUUUAUAUUGGCGGCAAACCGGUUACGGUUAUGAGCGCCGGUUCAACGGGUGCUGGUACCAGCUCUACUGUCACAGCUGGUGGUAAUAAGUUGGUCAUGUUGCCAGGCGCGGCUGGACGCAAAGGAUUUGUCAACAUUUUCAAUGCUGGUGGCGCUCAACGUGCUUUGACAUUGGCAACACGAAGUGCUCCGGCUCCGGCUUCGGUGCAGGCUACGGCUAAUAAUAAUAAGACAAGCACAACAACCGGCGUACAGCUUAAGGAGAAAGAUAAUAGUGCUGUAGAGGCAGCGGUUACCAUUGCAACCAUGUCGGAAUCCGCUUACAUUGAUGCCGAUCCCAUGGAUGAUAUUAUUGAGCAGCUCGAUGGUGCUGGCGAUUUAAUAAAGGCCCAAGAAUCCCAAUCAAAUAUGGAUCAAGACAUUGAUGAUGAUGAUGUUGCUGAUGAUGAUGACAAUGUUGACGAUGCCACGUCAACAUCAAUAUCAGCAGCUGCUGCACCUGUUGCUCCUGCUACCGCUGCUCCUGCUCCUGUUGCAGCUGGAGGAGCACAGGAAAUUAAGCCGGAAACAAUCGAUGAUAUUUCGGGGGUGAGUAGCACAACUGAUGCCCAGAAAACAUCGACACAAGCCUGCGAUGGAAACACCGAUAGCAUCGAUACAAAUCCCAAUGUUUCAGCAACCGUGACAACAACUGCGUCGGAGAUCAAUCAGCCGACCGCGUCUGAGACUGAGGCCGCAAAUAUAUUAACAACGAUCAAGUCGGGCGAGGUUUUGGGUAACACCGGCAUCUUCAAGGACUCAGCCAUAUCGACCACAAGCGAGACCGAUGUUGAACAAAGGACCAUGAUAAUUUCCGCUCAGCGGCAGCAUCAGCAUUCAAAUAUGGACGAUUCACAUUUGGAAGCGUUAGCAUCUGCGGCUGUGAUGCAAGCGGCAACAGCUUCAGCGGCGGAUUCAAGUCAGAUUCAGACGGCGAGGAGUCUGCUCGACGGCUCCUCUUCAGCUAACCAACUUAAUAAUAAUAAUAACAGCAGCAGUGACAACAGUAAAUCGAAUGAACAACCAAAAAGCUGCACCGACAACAAUAUCUCAAUUGAUGAGAGCGAUAAAUGGCACACGGUUGGCAUAUUUAAAGAGCUGUCGCACACCGUCACCAGCUAUAUCGACCAUAAGUGCUUCAACGAGUCGCUACUUGACAACUUUGAUGCUGACAAUCUUCCAGACUUGGCGCAAUAUCCGCGCAUUAGCUUGGAUCCUGGCACCGCCUAUCGAUUUCGUCUGGCAGCUCUAAAUACCUGUGGUCGCGGUGAAUGGGGAGAGAUAUCCAGCUUCAAGACAUGUCUGCCUGGUUUCCCAGGUGCACCGUCGGCCAUCAAGAUAUCCAAAGAUGUUAAGGAAGGUGCACACUUGACAUGGGAGCCACCACCGGCACAGAAGACCAAGGAAAUUGUAGAGUACUCGGUCUACCUGGCCGUAAAGCCAACGACAAAAGAUAACAAGGCGGCCUCUUCACCACAGCUGGCAUUUGUCCGGGUUUAUGUUGGAGCUGCCAAUCAGUGUACAGUGCCUAAUGCAUCGCUUUCCAAUGCCCACGUCGAUUGCUCCAACAAGCCGGCGAUCAUUUUCCGCAUCGCUGCGCGCAAUCAAAAGGGAUACGGACCGGCAACGCAAGUCAGGUGGCUUCAAGAUCCGACAACAACGAAACUGCAAGGUGCUGCCAAUGCGACAAACUUGAAGCGAUCGCAGGAGAAACUCCAGGGAUCAUCCGGAGCAUCAUCGGCAAGCCCGUAUAGUUCACCCCAGAAGCGUGCUCGGAGCACUGGCAUCCAGGGCAACGAUUGAGCAUCAUCAUCAUCAUCAUCAUUAUCAUUACUAUGCAUCAUCAUCAUCAUUAUGUUCUCGAUGGUGUUUACAGAUUGUACAGUGCGAUCCAGUUGCAAAUACUAUUUUCUAAAAUGCUUCCACCAGCAAAAAAAAAAAAAAAAGAUCAUCGCGUUGCUCUAGGUUGCAUUAUUAUUUUUAAUUAUAUACAUACUUACACAACUAGACGUACUUUAACUUAAGUCAAAAGUCGAAAGUAACACAUAUUAAAAUGGAAAUCAUUAAUUAACAAUUAAAUUAAUUAGUUUGUCAA